CAGGACACAGACAGUCAACAUGGCACUUUCUCAAGCAAAGAAUCUCAGACACUUUCUUAAGACAUUCCAAGUCCAACGAGUCCUGAGUGCCAACACCGUUGCCGUGGCAGCAAUUAAAGAAGACUUGGGUAAUGUUCUCAGUGAAAUCAAGGAGGCGGGUCUCUGGAAACCUGAGAGGAUUAUUACAUCAAAACAGGAUUCUGCUAUUGAAGUGAAAGGGUCCAAGGGAAAAAUUCUGAACUUUUGUGCCAAUAAUUAUUUAGGCCUAUCAAGUCACCCAGAUGUUAUAGAAGCAGGCAAGAGAGCCCUUGACAGUCAUGGUGCUGGACUUAGCUCCGUCAGAUUCAUAUGUGGAACACAAGAUCUACACAAGGAGCUUGAAGCAAAAAUUGCAAAGUUUCAUGGCAUGGAAGAUGCUAUUGUGUAUGCCAGCUGCUUUGAUGCUAAUGCAGGUUUGUUUGAACAAAUUCUGAGUUCUGAGGAUGCAGUUCUGUCCGAUGCCCUGAAUCAUGCGUCUAUCAUUGAUGGGAUAAGACUUUGCAAAGCUCAGAAGUAUCGGUACAAUCACAUGGACAUGGAAGAUCUUGAAUCCAAACUAAAGGAUGCUCAGAAGUGCAGACUAAGGUUGAUAGCCAGUGAUGGGGUCUUCAGUAUGGACGGGAAUGUUACUCCAUUAAAGGAAAUCUGUGAUCUUGCAGACAAAUAUAAUGCCUUGGUAUUCAUUGAUGAGUGUCAUGCUACAGGCUUCUUUGGCAAAACUGGAAGAGGAACUGAUGAGUACACGGGCACACAGGGCAGGGUGGAUAUCAUCAACUCCACGCUGGGGAAAGCACUGGGAGGGGCCUCAGGUGGGUACACGGCUGGACCCAGGGAGUUAACAGAGCUGCUGCGUCAAAGAUCACGUCCGUAUCUGUUUUCUAAUGCAUUACCCCCAGCAGUAGUGGCCUGUGCCAUCAAGGUACUUGACAUGCUCCUUGAAGGAACUAACCUCACUGCCAAGGUGCUGUCUAACACAAAACGUUUUCGCUCCAAGAUGACAGCUGCAGGGUUCAACUUGGGAGGUGACCCAGACCACCCCAUCUGCCCAGUGAUGUUGGGGGAUGCUAAAUUAGCAAAUCAGUAUGCUGAAGAAAUGCUGUCAAGAGACAUCUAUGUUAUUGGGUUCAGUUACCCAGUGGUUCCCAAGGAUACGGCCAGAAUUAGGGUUCAGAUUUCUGCUGCUCACAGUGAGGAGGACAUUGAUAAGGCUGUGGAUGCCUUUGUGGACAUUGGACGUAAACUGAAGGUCAUUCCAUGAGAUGGAGGAUGAAAAUCAGGUCUACCCAACUACCAGACUCCGCAUUGGAUGAUCGGAUCACACUACCCGUUUUCAAGGUGUGUGUCAGUACGCACUUCAACGUAUCGGAUGCAACACUGCUCUUGCCUAGUACGCGAUGUGAUAGCAAUGAUUCUGAGCUGGGUUGGAAAGUAGUGCAUUUCAUCUCAAAAUUUGUUCGGGGUAUGAUACUGUGAAAUGCGCACACCUUGAAAACGGGUAGUGUGGUCCUAUCUACCAGUGAAUUUAGGAUCAUUCUGUGUCGAGUCUGAUUGGGUAGGCCUGUAACUCUUAGAUGAUAUAUGUAAUGUUUUAAGAUACCUUAUACCUUAAAAAGUAAAGACUAAUUGGAUCAACUAGUAUUUUCAUUAAAAAUGAAUUGUCAAAAGGAAAAAGAAUCUCUAAAAAGUGCCAUUUGGUAUUUGUAGAUAAUUUGUUAAACCCAUUCCAAGUGUUUACUUCCAAUUUGAUACAUGACCAUUCCCUGUAUUGUAUAGUCAAUUAAAAUAUUUAAAAGAUGUCACUUCAAAAAGAUCUUUUGGAUCAGAUUAUAUCUUGAAAGAUUGUCAGAUGGAUAAAGGCAUUUUGGCAUUAACUUAAUCAUGUCUUUAAAAAUCUAAAAUUACCUUUAGGCUUUUAGUAAUCAUGUAUUUAAAACUCAUUCCAGAUAGUUUACUUCUUGUUGAAAAUUAUGAAACAUUCCAUGUUUGGUUGGAUUGCCCAAGCAUUGAUCCUUUAGCUCAUUCUUUUGAGUUUGUUAAUUAUGCUUAUUUAAUUAUGUUGAGUUUGUUAAAUAUGAUGUAAUGACGAUCUCUCUUUCACAAAUGAAACUAUGGCAGCUAUGUUUUAAACGCAGUAGCAUAAUAAGAAACUAUUUUAUGCUUGAAUCUCGUAUUCUUGAAAAAUUUAUUUUUACUGGCAGUAGGUGUAUUUAAGUGUAUUUCAUAUUAAAAAGAGGUUUUACUGCCAAUUUAUUAUAAUACAUUGAAGCACUGACCGUUGAUUUACACAUAUUUGCCUUUUCAAAUGAUCUGAAUCUCAUCUUACAUGUACUAGUAAAUCAGUUCCGUGUUUAUCAGAGAAUGAAGGACCAUUUAGUUAGCUCUGGAAAAAUAUAAAGCAUUCCUAUAAAAUCAUCAGAUUAAUGAUAUAAUAUUGUUUUCACAUUUUAUGGAAAAUUUGAUAUUUUCCACAAUCUGAGCUAAGAACUUAUUGACAGGCAGAGGAUUUGGCCAUAGAAACAUGGACUGAAUCUUGGUCUUUUUGUUCAUGGAGUGUAUUGAUAUUGUGAAAUAAAAAAUUAUUCAGGUGCAUUCAGUUUGUGUACAAGGCUUUAUUCAUGGGUAUUAUAUGAAUAGAUGGUCAAUGUUAGCUUCUAACCUGAGUCUAUUUGUAAUUUUGCAUGUAAGUUUAAACAUAAUUCUGUGUCUUAGACAAGGCAGUAAGCUGCCAAAUGUACAGACAUAUACAGCAGAUGCACAAAUGAGGUUCUUUUGUCAAUUUUAAAGCAAUAUUACAAAAUCCUUAACAACAUUAUCACCACCAAUUUUCAUUAUGUACAACAGUUAACAUGGACAAUAAAAAAAUGUUUAUAUCAUAUAGAACCUUAGGUUCAUGGAAUUUCAAAACCACAAAUAAAAAAUGAAGUGUGGGCAAAAUGAGAAGUUAAAUAAAAAAUAACUGCAUAAUAUCUUGAGAAAAACAAUUUCAUCAGGCUGCUUUUCCAACUUAAACUGCAUUUUACUCGUAAGAAUCAUUCCUUUGAGGAUAGUAUCACAGUUUUUCUUUCAUAUAUACUGUUUUACAGAGGCAUUGCACGAGAUAAGAUUUUGGACAAUUUUAAUGCAACAUAUUAAAAAACAAUGCCACCAUUUUAAAAUUUUGUGAUGUUAGUAAUGAACUUUACACACUGCGCGUGAGCAUAUAUCACAAAAGUUUCACUGGUGAAGACCAAAAGUGCAUAAAUGCUGGCUGAGUACAUGUCAGCACAUUAAUUCUUACAUUAGACAACUUUUAAUGUAUAGGUACCCAGUAUAGUGGACAUUACAGUUCAUAGUUCGGCCAUUCUCAAAGCUGAGAGGCCAGUAUUUUCAGAGUUACUUGCAUUUCUCAACGGAAAACAAUGGGACAGGCUGCCAUCACUUAUCGCGCCGAACAUAACCAUGACAUUACCAAGGACAGAG